UUAUUGUUCUGCAAUCUCUCUCUCUCCCCCUCUCUUAAUUUCUUAAACCGAUUUUGUUUGCUCGUUCCCUUUAUGUAGGCAUUCUUUUGCAUGGCACUGUCACUUGCCGCUUGGCUCACUCUCGCUCUCCUUUCUUCUUAGUUCUUACGUUUCAUCUCAAAAUCCCCAUUCGACUUCCUUUUCUGAUUCUCCCGAUACCGUUCGUUCUUCUUCAAGCUACCAAUUGCUUCUCUGCUCUUCGUUUCCUGCUCUGGUUGCUGAUCAUGGCCUCCACUCUUCAUUGGGACCCCGACAAAAUGCUUCAACUAUACAUUCUGGAUUAUAUGAAGAGAAGGGGAAUGGAUAAGACCGCUGAAAUUUUCCAAACGGAGUCGGAUGUUAUGAAUGCUCCUGUUGUGAUUCAGUCUCGAGAAGGAUUCUUGCAUGAAUGGUGGUCUGUGUUCUAUGACAUAUAUGCCUCUAGGCAUCUGAAGCAUCAGGAGAUUGGGCCAGAAGCCUCUAGCAAUGUGGCACUUCAGAAUACUAGUAAUGGAAGAAGAAAUCUCCCUCCUAGAAUCCCUCAGCUAUCUAAGCAGAGAACUCAGCUGCUUCAACUUGACCCCGCUAUUAACAAGAUGAUGGAGCAACCGGCUACCUUUGCGUUACCACCGAAAUAUGAGAGAGAGUAUCUUGGAUAUCUAGCCGGAGAUUCUAAUCCAAAUUUACAACUUAUCAGUGCAAAGAGACUGAAGUUUCUGGAAGACCACCCACAACUAGACAUUGGAAUUCAGGCCCAUAAUCCAUUGUUGAAGGAUAGUGGAAUUGGCAUUCAGCAAGGAGGCAAUAUACCCAUGGACUCCCUGGGUAAAGUACAAAGAGGAACUACUGAAGGUCUCAAUCUGGUGCCGCUAAAUGGAUAUCCUUUAAAUGUAGGUGCUGGACUAUAUACUGUGGAACCGUUUGAAGAAGAAUCCCAUAAUGUACUAACUUCACUUUUGCAAGCACCAAACUAUCAGCAACAAUUUCAGGGGCUAGAUACACAAAAUCAGAAAGCACUUGCAUGUACACCUAAGAUUCAGGCAUCCAUAUGUCUUGAAAACUCUUCCGUAUGCAACAGCCAAGAUCCAAGGAUUCCCCUCGUAGAAACUGAAAUAUGCAAAGAUAGGCAGGACUGUAUAAAUGCAGCAGUUGGUAGACCUGUGGAUAAAAACAUUGUGCCUUUGUCUGAUGAGAAUGAACAUGCUGAUCAAAGAUCUGGACCUUCCAGGAAUCUGAAACUUAUUUUUGCGGCAUGUGAUAUGAGGGAAGGUUUUUCAUUUGAAGAGGUUGGUUGUCUUCACUCAAGCAAAAGCGAAGUUUUAUCCUGCCAUUUUUCAUCUGAUGGGAAGGUUUUAGCAAGUGCUGGACAUGAGAAGAAGGUUUUCGUUUGGAAUAUGGAAACUUUUGAUUGUGUUAGUACUUCAGAUGCCCAUUCGCUUCUCAUUACUGAUAUUCGGUUCAGACCAGGCUCAACCAUAUUUGCAACAUCUUCUGCUGAUAAAACUGUAAAAGUAUGGGAUGCAGCCAAACCAAAUAAAUCAUUGUUUGAGCUUCCUGGGCAUGCUGAACAAGUAAUGUCAUUGGACUUCCACCCAAGAAAGGUGGACCUUCUUUGCUCAAGCGAUAGCAAUGGCAUAAUGCGAUUAUGGAAUGUCACCCAAGGCGUUUGUGUGCGGAUAAAUAAGGGUGGUAGUAAACAAGUCAGAUUCCAGCCUCGAAUUGCCAACUUUUUGGCUGCUGCUGCAGGAAAUAUUAUUAAUGUAAUUGACCUCGAGGGUGACAAACUCAUACACAAGCUGAAGGGACAUGUUAAAGAUGUUAUUUCCAUUUGUUGGGACGUAACAGGAAACUAUCUUGCUUCUGUAAGUGAAGAUAGCGCACGUGUGUGGUCCGUCACGUCUGAUGGAAAAUGCAUACAAGUAUUGCAUUCAAAUGGGAACAAGUUUCAAUCGUGCAUAUUUCAUCCUGUAUAUUAUAACCUCUUAAUCAUUGGCUGCAAUCAGUCCCUGGAGUUUUGGAUUCCAACCGAGGGCUGCAAAAUAUGGACUCAUCCUGCUCACAAAGAAGUAAUCGCGGGACUAGGAGCUUCACCUGAAAAUCAGAUGGUUGCCUCUGCUAGCCAUGAUCAUACUGUGAAACUUUGGAAAUAAGUUCUCUGUACAAUGUGUCAAUUUGCGAAACUUUAAGCCUUCAGGUAAGGUAAAGUAGGAAUUAAUUUCCUCCUGCAUAUCUUAGAAUUCGUUGAAGAUCCCUUUGGGGACAUCGCAUAUAAAAAAGGGCAUAUUACUUGCAACAUAAUAGAGAAAAGUAUAUGGGAUUUUUGUACUGAUGCCAACCCAUAAAUUAAAUGGAUGGGCUUGACCUUGUUCUCAAGGAAGUUUUGUGAUUCCCAGACCAA